AAUUAAGAUUUUUUGAAAAAAUAAAGUUAGAAAUUAAAGAAGCAGAAUUAAGAGAUGAAAUGAAAUCGAGAGAUAAAGAACUGGAAUCAAGAAAUAAAGAAGUAGAAUCAAGAGAUAAAGAAGUAGGUAUUAAGCCUGAACAUUGCUCUAAAAAUAGAUUUUAA